CCCCUCCGGAGACGCAUGCGCGGUUCGGUGCCGUGCCCCCACGUGGGAUUGGGGGUGGAACCCUUAUUCUUCGGUAAAAGAGCGAGGCUGUCCCAGCGGGUCCGCAGGGAGCGAAGUGCGGAGCCUCGCGGCGAGUGGCAAAGGGCAGCCAUGGCCACCCUGAUAAAGCGAAUAAUCAGCACCUCGAGGGCACCGGCUGUAAUGGGCCCCUACAGUCAAGCGGUGCUGAUAGACCGGACCAUGUAUAUCGCAGGACAGCUAGGCAUGGAUCCUUCUAGUGGCCAGCUUGUGCCUGGAGGGGCAAAAGAAGAAGCUAAACAGGCUCUAAAAAAUAUAGGGGAAAUCCUGAAAGCUGCAGACUGCGACUACUGCAAUGUUGUAAAGACUACUGUGUUGAUGGCUGACAUGAAGGACUUCAGUGAUAUUAAUGAAAUCUACAAGCAGUUUUUCAGGAGUAACUUCCCAGCCAGAGCAGCCUACCAGGUUGUUGCUUUGCCAAAUAAUGCACGAGUUGAGAUUGAAGCUGUAGCCAUCCAGGGACCAAUCCAAGAGGCAUCAGCAUGACUAUAAAUACAGUACUCUAAUACACUACUAAUUGUGUCUGAGGCUUAGGCCCUGUUCCUGCAAUUGGCUGCCUGUGGGCUCACCCCCUUGGAAGCUCCAUGGAAAAGCACCUUUGCACAGUCUGUUGCAGGAUCUUACAUUCUCUAAAACCCCCAUCAUGUAAUGAACUCUGUGCAGGCAGAUCCCUGUGCCCAUGUGUAGCCCCAUUGUCAUCAAUGGGGCUCUGCGCUGGUUUCAGGGUUUGUCUGUACUCAUUGCAGGAUUGGGGCCUUAGUCUGUAAUGGUGGCUGGGUAUUGUCACCUUCCUAAAAGGUUGUUUCAGGUAAGGUUAUCCAAUAAUGAACAAACUCUCAAAAUAUAUGGAAGCAGAGAAUUGCAUUGGUGGUAACAUGAUAGCAUAUGCUGUAACCUUUAGAAAUCCUGCUAGCACUCUAGAUAUAAAUCAUAGACCUGGGUUUUUAAUACAUCACUUAAUAUUUUUAUAAAUGAGCUGGAGUUCAUGCAUUUCUAACUAUAGAAAACCUGAUUCGCUGCAGCACAGAAGUGAAAAUACAUAUUUGGGGAUUCACUGUAUGAGCUUUGAACACCUGAAGUGUUUGAUUAGAUCAGGGGUCUCAAACUCAAAUGAGGACAAGUACAUUGGCCUGAGGGCUGCAUCAGAGGACUCCCCCAUUGCCCCGCCCCUGUCCCCACUCCGCCCCUUCCAUGAGGCCCCACCCCAUCUCUUCCCAGCCCCCAUUCCAACCUCUUCCCUGAAAUUCCCACCCCAACUCUGCCCCCUCCCUGCCCCCAGGGGGUGCAGGAGGGGUGUGGCAGGGGGUCCAGGUGCAGGAGGGGUGCAGCAGGGGGCUCAGGGCAGGGGG